AUGUCCGACUCGGGUCGGAUACAGAUAAGACGCUGCUUCGAACAGGCUAUGAUCUCAAUUAGAACGUAAACCUUGAUAAUAUUUCUAAAAAAUGUUUAGAGAUGCCCUCAAUCAACUUACCGAUUACUGUAAAGAUAUGGAUCAUGGAAGUCGAAGGAAGUACAUCAGUAACUUAAUUGAAAGAAUCUGCAUUUCAGGAGGUAUGUGUAGUCUGUUUAAAAGUUGCAUUUUUAUUUGUAAUUAUAAGCAUUUUAUUGUUUCAGUGGAUGAUCUCGACUUAGAAACCUUGAAGGAUCUGCUCGUUGCCAAGAAGACUCAAUUGAGAUCGUAAGUUUGAUGUUUUCUUAUUGGAUCUGUGUUUAGAGGUGCUGAUUUCGAAGUGUUUGAGAGCUUGGAUUGGCCGAAUUAUGUUUACGAUCUCGCAUCAAAGGCGAUGGUUCCAAAAAACCGGAAAGAUCACGAAGAAUAUGAGAUACAUACGAUAAAUGCUGUCCAAAGGGAAAGAUUGGAAUUUAUCUGGAAAAGUUGCGACACCAAAGGCAUCGACAAAAUCGAGGCAUUGCUUUGCGAACACUCAAAGAAAUCAAGGAUCCUGGCAACCAUUUUUAAGGAUCUUGAGGACACAAUUUAUGCUCAAGACACGACGGGACAAGUGAUAUUUGAGAUAACAGAUACCACUAAAUACGAGGAAGAUGCCUUUUUCUUUUAUGGAGGAAUAUUUUUAUGUGAAGGAGAAUAUAAUGAUGGAACGUUUACUGCAAGGAAGGUAUCAUUGCCGGUUUUGAAGGACGAGGAAGAGCUGCCAUCGAUAAUUCCGACUGAUGUACUCAACAGAAAACCUUUUGAUGCACCGAAGAACUCGGAUUGUAUUGUUAUUCUGAGCGACAUCUUCUUGGAUAACCAGAAUGUGAGUGUGAGAAAGGGUGUUUUUCUGGCAAAACAAUGCUUUGAUCAUUUGAGUUUUUUUGCAGGUAAUUGACUCCCUGACUCAGCUAUUUAUUGGUUAUUCGGAAGCCCCUCCGACUAUGUUUAUAUUCUGUGGAUCUUUCCGUUCCGUUGUACUCGACUUGAGCAAGAUUGACGACACAGAAAGGGACUUUCAAAAACUGGAAAAGGCGAUGUCAACCUAUCGAGGAGUGUACAAGAGUACGCAGUUUGUAUUUAUUGCAGGCCCUAAGGAUCCACCUUGUAAUGGGAGAUUACCGAGGUAAGGCUGGUCUUUGACGAUUUUCUUUUUUAUGUUUAUGUUGAUUUCUGAAUAAUGAAAUGGACUCUUUAUUUGUAUCAAUAUAUUUAUUGUUUUAGUUUGUUGAUGGAGAGCGCAAAAUCUGUCUUUGCAAGCUGGUCGAAUGUGCAUUUCGCCGCAAAUCCAUCUAAGAUUCUAUUCAAAAACAAGGUUAUUCAACUGACUCGGGAUGAUGUUGUCGAGAAAUUGUCCCAGCAUACCUUUUAUCUCAGUGAGAAUGCCGAUGUCGGAACAGCAGUGAGUGCUUUACUUUGCAUUUUGUUGUUUUAGUUAUAUUCAUCGUACCGUAAAUUUGCAAAUUCAUUGAAGUUUCGAUGUGGGAAAGGGUGAUAUUUAUGCAGAUGUAACUAAUAACUCGUGAUUCCAGUUCUCCCGCACCAUCUGGUCUCAACGAAAUGCCCUUCCCGUCCAUCCAAAAGGAUCUGCCAUCAGAUUUGGAGAUGUCCAUGAUUUCAAGAUUAUGCCUGACCUUCUUGUACUAGCCGAUCAAUUCCAACCAUACAGAUGGAGACCCCCAGGAAAUGAGGAAAACGAGCCGAAGAUUGUGAAUCCGGGAGUUUUCUCAAUCGAACCUUUCAAGUUCAUGACAUAUUAUCCUAAAGAUGGGAAGAUCGAUCUCAAUUCGAUUCAUUAG